AUGACAAUUCACAUCAUUUUGAUUCGAGAAAUUCGAAAAUAAACACGUUCUGCGAAACACUUUAGUUUACCUAUUCUUUCUUCCUUAUUUGUGAGUGAGAAAUAUUAUUGUAUAAAAUGACUACUCCUCCUGAGUCACAAGAUAAUUUUGACCAGUUUGACGAAGAAGAAACUGAACAGCAACUGGGGGCUACUGCAUCUGGGCGUAAAAGGUUGUUUAGCAAAGAAUUAAGAUGCAUGAUGUAUGGCUUCGGUGAUGACCAGAACCCUUACACUGAAAGUGUGGACUUUUUAGAAGAUCUCGUCAUUGAAUUUAUUACAGAAACCACACAUAGGGCAAUGGAAGUUGGUCGCACAGGUAGAGUACAAGUAGAAGACAUAAUUUUCUUAGUUCGAAAAGACCAGCGCAAAUAUGCCCGUGUCAAAGAUCUACUAACAAUGAAUGAAGAACUAAAGAAAGCGAGAAAGGCCUUUGAUGAAGUUAAAUAUGUUGAAGAUCAACAAUAACAUAGAUGGUCAGACAAAGCUGCCAUGCUUCUAAGACUGAUGCAAAAUAAUUCAGAAGUGGAUAGACUGACAGGACUGUUACCUUUACGCAUAUUUUGUCCGAUGUAAAAAUAUAUUUGUAACCAAGGAUUGAUACCUAAUUACACUUAGUAUUUGUAAUGUACAACAUUCCUUUUAAUGCGAAAACAAUGUAACUAUUAGUUCGUAAGGCAAUAAAACAAUUACUGUUUA